ACUGAAGCAAGGUUCGAUACCAUAAGCCUAUAUCCGGUCCUUUCUACCACGAUUUACUAAAGUAGAAAGCGUGUUUUACGUUUCGUGUCUAAAGACUUAAAAUUCACAAGAAUGCGUUACGUAGCCGCUUACCUUCUUGCUAUCCUUGGAGGAAAAUCAUCCCCAUCAUCAGCAGACAUUGAGAAAAUUCUCAGCAGUGUGGGCAUUGAAGCAGAGUCUGACAAGAUUAACAAGAUUAUUAGUGAACUCAAAGGAAAGAAUCUUGAAGAGGUCAUUGCUGCAGGCUCAAAGAAAUUGGCCUCAGUCCCAUCAGGUGGUGCCGCAGCUGCACCAGCUGCUGCUGCUCCUGCUAAAGGUGGUGCUGCUCCAGCUGCUGCCCCCGCUGCAGAGAAGAAAGAAGAGAAAAAGAAGGCUGAGUCUGAAGAAUCUGAAGAUGACAUGGGCUUUGGAUUGUUUGAUUAAAAUAAAAUUGUUUAUGUAAUAUACACAAA